UCUCCGCCUAGAGACUAGAAAGAGUGAAAUGGCCGCACGCAGACACUCUCUCAAGCGUCCAACGAAAGUCUUGAAGAGUGCGGAAGAAGAAUGAAAUCAAGCAUUCAGAAUAGUAUCGCAAAAGCCAUAUCGAUCCGGAAACUUGUCAUAAAGCCAACGGACAUUGGCUUUGAAGGCGCAUCGAUAGUACUGGCAGUCAUCAGGAGAAUGAUGAUGAGGGCCUUGGCACUGGUCCAAGUAAUCAUCCUCGCCGUUGUCAUCAAGUGGUGGAACAUAAAACGGCCGUCUGGCCGGAUCGGACAAACAUGCGGAACACCAGACGCUCACUAGUACAGGACGAUAUCGAAUGACAGGCGUCCCCCUGGCUGCGGCCUAGAUACAAGUCAGCAGUUGCUCAAUACAGAAUGUUCCAGGA